AAAGUUAGGUUAUGUGUGUCCUAUUUCUGUCUCCCCUGAAAUUCAUUGAUUUUUAUCAUUGUACAGUAUUCAGCACCUAGUUCUUAACGUUUAUGUAAUUGAUUGACGACGUAGUUGUGUAUUGCUUAUGUUUCAUAGAAUCGUAGCGGUUCUAUUAAUACAAUUGUGUUUGUAUUACAUAAUUUUCAAUGUACUAAAUUAGAAGUGAGAAUUACAAGUUUAUGGGGAUUAAGCAGUUCCUAAGUCGGAACCUGGUGAGCAUAAGUUUCCCGGUCCUGACUGUGACAUUCAUCUAUUUAGACUGGAACCAUACUCGCAAGUGGAAGUCCCAGAAGACAGAUAACUGACAUGGCCAUCUUUGGCAUCACAGCCCGCUACGUAUGGUUCGCUGUUCCAAUGACAGGAUUCUUCAUUGGCAAGUUUCUUGAUGACAUGGAAACUGAGCGCAUGAUAUCCUGGAGAGACAAAUCUGCUUUAUAUGGAGGAAGGGUAGUGCAAGGCGAUCCACCAUCAUGGCCAUGAAGAUUGAUAUAAUCAUGUAGAUACCUUUUGCUGUAAUAAAUAGUAUAUUUAACAUAAUUCGUUCU